AUGGCGCCUAUCGACAAGACGAAUUACGAUUACCUCGAUUGGCUAGAUGUCAUCCAGCCCAAAUUUGAACGAAGUUCUCCAGACGAGGUUGCGAAGGACCACAGUCCAAAGGUCGAGCCUAGGAACCUUUGUAAAGAUCUAGAAGACAACCAUGUCUACGAUCUUCCUCUACAUUUUAUUUUAGGGGAUGCUCCCGAUUUCGAGAAGAUAAACGUCACUCCUGCUGGUACCAUCGAGAAAAGAAGCACAUGGGAUAAAUCUCGGGCAAACGCAUGGCAACGAGCCAAAUCCUAUUUCGCUUCUUUUCAUCCUGGAACUAAGAUAACGAAGGCCGUUGGUAAGAACCCGGUCAUCAAGCCACGGCUCUUGUGGUGGGGUGGAAAGGAGGAAGUUGUCGAAGGGGAGAUGGCGGAAGAUGAUGAUCGUCCGCUACCUGUCCGAAUCAGGGACUCAGAGAAUGAGACGGAGUUUGCGAAUAUUGCUCUCCAUGACAUCCCGAUGGAAUCAGAAACAACAAAUCUUACACAUCCGGUUAAGUUCCUAAACGCCACAGACAAGGAAACCACUCAUAGCGCAAACUUCUCGGGCUUUCAUUUUCGGGAGGCUCAGGAUGUGGGUGGGCAAAUACCCGUUGGUGUCCCUAAUCAUGCGUUCUUGUUCAAGAAUACGGGUGUUGAUAGGUUUUUGGGGGGCGCUAUUUUGGGAACUUUCGUGUUCUUUGGUAUUAAGUUGGCUUGGGAGAGUUUGAGAGAGCCCCGGAAGAGAGUUUGA